AGUCAGGAAAAGCAUUUAGUCAAAACCCUAGUCCGCACGUAGUUUCUCCUCCAAAUUCACCCAACUAUGGCAAGGAACAACGCUGCAAAAAUACCUGAAGAAAUCAUAUUUGACAUACUAUUGUGGCUGCCUGCAAAGUUCAUAGGCCAAUUUAGGUGCGUGUCAAAGCAAUGGAGCAAGUUUCUCUCAGACCCACAAUUCAUCAAAGCUCACCUCGCUCUCCAUUCCCACAAACAUGAAGAAGAUAAGCUCAUUGUUGUUGAUUGUUCUCUUCACACUAUCACCUUUACCCACAAUACCCAAGAUGAUUUUGAUGCCAUAUCAAGAAAGCUUGAUUUUCAGCAGCUCUCAGACAACUGGGUAAGUGUUGAUGGCUCAUGUAAUGGCUUGGUCUUGGCGAUUAAUAGGGAAGGGGUUAAAUAUUUGAUCAACCCCACUACCUUAAAGUACCAUAAAAUUCCAAAUUUUGAUUUGGCUCUUCCUGUGCCUGGCAUUGGUAGUUUUAGCAUGUAUGGUUUAGGGUACGAUGUUGUUAGUGAUGAUUAUAAGGUGGUUACGAUUUCUUAUUAUAAUGAUGUGGAUGAGACUGUUAUAGUUGACACUUUUGUGGAUAUCUACUCUGUGAGAAAGGGUCUUUGGAGGAGACUUGAGAUUUCUCCUUAUGAUCAUUCAGUAACUGACCUUGCUUCUGGGGUUUUUGUAAAUGGGGCUUUGCAUUGGUUGGCUAGUAAGAAAACUUCUGAUGAGUCGUGUGUAAUUGCUGCUUUUCAUUUAAGUGAUGAGAAAUUCUUGGAGGUGCCACUACCUGCUAUGGAUUACAAUUACUCUUUGUUUGAACUUGUGGCUCUUAGAGGGCGUCUUUGUAUGUUCACCAAUCUAACUGUAGACACAAUCACAAUCUGUUCGAUGGAAGACUAUGGGGUUAAGGAGUCUUGGACCAUAUUUAGGCUUACGGCACCGAGUUUACAUGAUUAUUUUUGGACACCAUUGUGUUCAAUGACUGAUGAUGAUAUUGUAAUGGAUGUCGAAGAAAAGUUGGUUCUCUACAAUAUGAAAGAGAAUGAGUUGUGGGAUUUGAUGGUUGAUGUAAGUCCUGCUUUGAAUAAAGCUCGAACCUUCAUAGAAAGUCUUGUUUGUCCUUCCUUUGGCAAUGGAACCGAGGGUCAAUAUAAUGCUUGAUGCACGAAAUGAUUGUCCGGAUAGUGCUCGUCUGUAUCCAGAAAUAUGCUGUUAAUUUCAGGUUUUAACUUAUUUGCUGACAAGAGGGGGUUGCUCAUAUGGUCAGCACUCCUCACCUACAAUCCGAGGGUCGUGAACACCAAAAGAGCAAUAGCUCCAACAGAAAGGGAUCAAAGGGAAGGGGAAUUAAAAAAAAUUAUUUGCUACAGUAGGAGUGAAUUGUCUGCUGUAUUAUCCACCUUUAUCCUCUUUCUCCUGUAGAUUAUUCAAAAGCCACUGUAUUUGCUUUGUCUAGAGAAACUAUGCUUGCAAUUCUGAUAAGUAACUAUUUCUGCAGUAGUAUCAAUGAUGCACCUUUGUCCUCUUUCUCAGGCUGCUAUCAUAUUUAUAAGUGUGUGAAACUUUAGCCUGAAGAAUCCCCUGCCCCCUGCCAACUCCCCUAAAAAAUUGGUUUAAUUAAUUAGAAUUAAUCGUCAAGGGUAAAGGGAAGCAUUUCAUGGCUUUACAUCAGUUUCUCGUUAUGCCACAUAAAACCGAAUUGACACUGUUCUUAUGCUUGCAUAGGAACAAAAUCUGCUUCCACAGUAGACUUGCAUUUGUGGUUUAUAUAUGGUGAAGUACAUAAAAGCAGUACUGUAGCGCCGGCAGGAGAAACAUUCCCCUUUUGAGCAAACCCUCACACUUGAGAUUUAUUUGUUGACUGUUUACUCAGUUGAGUCUCUCAACAUUCGAAUGUUCUGACUAACUAUUUGUAUGCUCAUUUUACAAGAGGGUUUACAUUAUGUUUUCUUAUCAUGUGAAAGCACCAGUAAUGCCCUUUGAAUUGCAGUACCAAAAAUCUAUUUUUGCUAUGUUUUAGUUUAUUAGAUAUUGCUGUCUGAUUCUCUUCUUUCUGUUGUUGGCUGGAAAAUGUUAAAGAUCACUAGAACAGGGUAGAAACUUAAACAUGCAAUUGGCUACGUUGGAUCUUGGAUAGUACUAGAUGCCAAUGGCUAGCACUUUAGUUACAUUACAUGAUGGAAUGAUAACAGAAAAUUAAUGAAUUUUAUCUGCGUUGACAGGAAAAGAGAAAAACAUUGAGAAGGAACAUGAGAUUUCUUUAGUUUAUUUUGAAAGAGUUCGUUUCAGAUUUUAAAUUUUGCUCUAAGGAUUUUUUUUUUGGUAAUAUAUACAAAAAUAAAGAGCACUUAAAACAUGUAACCACCUUCUAGGAAUAGGAAGGGUCUUGACAUCUUUCAAGCCUCCAUCUAACAGUACAUACUAGUUACAAAAUUUCUGAAUACUCCAAGUAGCUUUCUUUGAAUACUUCAAGUGAUCUCCUGCUGAAUCUGCGCUACAGCUAACUCUGUAUUAACAGUUUCUUGCUUUCAAGUGUGGUAUAUGGCUGUGCCUCAGAAAGCAGCUCAAUUCAGACCUAUUGCAUGUUGUGAUGUUAUCUAUAAAUACAUUUCCAAGAUGAUUUGUAAGAGAUUGAGGAAAGCAGAAUUGUUCCAAUAGUAGCUGAGAACCAGGCUGCUCUUGUAGAGGCGAGACACCGGUGCAUAAUGUUCUGAUUGCUAAGACAUUACAAUAGGAAAACCUCACCCCAUGUAAAUAGACCUAAGAAAGGCCUAUGACAUAGUCAGCUGGGAGUUUAUUGAGGAAGCUCUGAGAUGAUAUGGUUUCCCAGACUCUUCUAUCUCAUCUACAAAGUUCACACUUAAGGUGAAUAGGUGUAUUUUGUUGCAUAGCUGUAUUAUUUAUUGCAAAAUAGAAAUAGUUUACUGCUUAUUUAUUGCGAAAGAGCUUGUUCAACACCAGAUUUAAAAGUAUGGCCCAGAUUUGUCUC